CGGAGUCUCCUGCUGCUGGGUCUUCUCCGCCGUUAGCUCCGCCGGAUCUGGUAUGGGAGAGUUUCAAGAGUGCCUCGAUACUAGUAGCUUUUUUUAUCUUACUUUCAGGGGAUGCCGUUACAGAUGGACAAACAGUAACCCGAUUAAUGCCAAAGCUAGGAAGUUGGAUAGAACGCUCAUAAAUAAAUCUUGGGAGGAAAAAUAUCCAGAUUCUUAUGCUUACUUUGGUCCUCCUGGAUCCGCUGAUCAUUCUCCAUGCUUAAUCUCUUUGAAUAAUGAAGUUAGAAUGAGGAAAACAAGGUUCAUCUAUUUCAGUUCUAAUACGCUCAACGUGGUAGUGCUUUGUCAUCCAAUCAAAUCCGAUGUUCUCGUUGUAUCAAAGAUUGAGAAAUCCCGUGUUAGGUGGUUGACUAACGGUGACGCAAACACAGGGAAUGUGAUUCACUUCUUGCGAGACAAAGAUGAUCGUAAAAUCUCCGAUCUAGUUUUAAUAAAGGCUAUGGCAGUAAGCUACUAUGAGGAUCUUCUUGCUGCUAUUAAUUCCAAUGUAGUCGCUCUUACUUGUAAUCAAAUUCAGACUCGUCCUUUUCUCGCUUGUCAAGUUCGUUUGGGGAACUUAGCGCUUGUCUCAAGCAGUGUCGGAUGGGAAAUGAAUGUCACCAAGAGGGAGGCAUCCAAUCAUUGUCCUUUUCCGAGCUUGUUUACCUACAAUUGCAUCGACAAUCUCGUCUUUCAUCUCAGACUUCUUUUUGUGGAGGAAUCCGUAGGAAAUCCUCCUGAAAUUUUCUCCUCUUCAAAAACAUGGGUUUCACUGCACCCCUCACCUCCUACUGUGAGCUGGUUUAAAUCAGUUUGGUUUAAAUACAGAAUUCCGAAACAUGCUUUCUUUGCUUGGGUGACUAUACAAGAUAGACUACCAACGAGAGAUAGAUUACGUUCAUGGGGUCUAAAUGUACCGCCUGGCUGUUUGCUUUGCAGUACUGGUACAGAGAAUCGAUCUCAUUUGUUUUUUGGUUGCAGCUUUUCUUCAGUGGUCUUGGCUUCUUUCUUUACUCACAGGGACCUCUCCCCACCGAGUUUGUUAGAAGACAUUGUUCAGUGGACUCAAUCUUCUUCUAGGAAUUCAAAGCUCAAAAUGAUUAGCAAACUACUGUUUCAAGCGGUGAUUUAUGCUUUGUGGAAAGAGCGAAAUGCUAGGUUGCACACUUCAAUUAGUAGACCUCCUCUCGUUGUGGUUAAAGAUAUCCUGAUUACGCUUCGGGUAAAGUUAUUAGGUUUAGAUCGUAAAGAAUCCCCAUUUGCGUCUGCUGCUCCUCUACCAUCGUCAUCCUUAGUUAUGGAAACUUUUCUCCAUACCUGGUGCAGAUAUAUCCAGCUA